CAGCAGCGCGACCCCCGUCCUCCGCCGCCUCCUGCUCGUCCUCGUCCCCCUCCUGUGCCCGGGGCAGCACCGGCCCGGCGGCCCGCCCGCGGCAUGGACAAGGACGGCCUGAGCCGGGCUGACCAGCAGUACGAGUGCGUGGCCGAGAUCGGCGAGGGCGCCUACGGGAAGGUGUUCAAGGCCCGGGACCUGAAGAACGGAGGCCGUUUCGUGGCGCUGAAGCGCGUGCGGGUGCAGACCGGGGAGGAGGGCAUGCCGCUCUCCACCAUCCGCGAGGUGGCGGUGUUGAGGCACCUGGAGACCUUCGAGCACCCCAACGUGGUCAGGUUGUUUGAUGUAUGUACAGUCUCACGGACAGACAGGGAGACCAAGCUUACGCUAGUGUUUGAACACGUUGAUCAAGACUUGACCACCUAUUUGGAUAAAGUUCCAGACCCAGGAGUACCCACGGAAACAAUCAAGGACAUGAUGUUUCAACUGCUCCGAGGUCUGGAUUUUCUUCAUUCACACCGAGUAGUGCACCGUGAUCUGAAACCACAGAAUAUCCUUGUCACCAGCAACGGACAGAUUAAACUGGCCGAUUUUGGCCUUGCCCGGAUCUACAGUUUCCAAAUGGCUCUUACCUCAGUGGUUGUCACUUUAUGGUACAGAGCACCUGAAGUCCUGCUUCAGUCCAGUUACGCCACGCCAGUGGACCUAUGGAGUGUGGGCUGCAUAUUUGCAGAAAUGUUUCGUCGAAAGCCUCUUUUUCGUGGAAGUUCAGACGUCGAUCAACUAGGAAAAAUCUUGGAUGUCAUUGGACUUCCAGGUGAAGAAGACUGGCCAAAUGACGUGGCCCUUCCCAGGCAGGCUUUUAAUGCAAAAUCUCCCCAACCAAUCGAAAAGUUUGUAACAGAUAUUGAUGAGCUAGGCAAAGACUUACUUAUGAAGUGCUUGACAUUCAACCCAGCAAAAAGAAUCUCGGCUUGCAGUGCAUUGUCUCAUCCAUAUUUCCAUGAUGUAGAGAAACCUCAUGAGAAUGUGGACCCUCGGACAUCCCCCAGCCAAAGCAGCAGUGAGGGCAACAGCGCUUGAGGUGAUCAGUGCUCUCUGGAGCUGAACUGAUAACUGAGGGGCCGCCCCCUGGGAAGGCAGUGCGGUCACUGAUCACAUCUGGGCUUCUGGAGGGUCUGCCUCUCUCUUCUGGAUGACGAUCUGUUUCUCCCGGGAAACUGGCCGAGUUUACUGUUUCCAAAUCAAUGCAAAAGCAAUUUUGAGUUUCAUGUUCGUGUGUAUGUUCGUUCGUUUGUGUGUUCGUUCAAAAUACCUGGAAAAACAAGACAAAAAAAACAAAAAACAAAAACAAAACAAAAACAAAACAAAAAAAAAAAAAAACUCCAGAUGAAGAGAAGCUGCUGACCAAUUUUGCUGCCGUUUCUUUUGUCCAACAUCAAAUGCUGCCAGAGUGAAGUAGGAAUAAUCCAGUCACUGCCGACUUAAGAUGUAAUCUCUCUAUAGCUGCUGAAGCCUAAUUUGGUACUCUUGAGUGAGUGAGAGUGUGUGUGUGUGUGUGUGUGUGUGUGUGUGUGUGUGUGUGUACGUGCGUGCGCUUGUGAUCUCUUAAAGUGUUAUUUUUUUAACUGCAUAGAAUAAUUGAAUUUUUAGAGGCUGAAGGGAAUGGAAUACAGAUGCAUCUAUUUACUGAAGAGAAAAUACCAGAAUUAGGGCUUCUCCAGAAAUGAGAAAUUUGGGCCUAUGUUGACAACAUCUCCUUUCUAUCCAAAUGCAGUGAGUUUACAAGGAGUUAUGAGUUUAUUAUUACUUAGGCAAAAGCAGAUGCACACUGAAAAAUCCAUCCCUGCCUUUUCAGCCUCGCUAUGAAUAUCUUUAAGGGAAGUAUUUCGAAAUACAUAUUAUCCUUUGCCCUCCUUAGAAAGCUAAUUUUAUUCAAUGCAAAUCUGUUUUGAUUGUACAACAUAAUUAUUUUUCUCUUAAAACAGGGCCCAAAAAUAAUUUCCCUACCUGUUAUUGACUUCAGGGAAUUUCCCUCUUAAAAAUUUAAAAAAAAAAAAUUAAGUAAAUGAAGAUGGUAAAAAAUAGAGCGCCUUUUUUUUUCAUGAUUUGCAACCUUUAAACAUUUUUUAAAGGCCUCUAUUUUUAAGCAUUUCUAAUUUUAGUUGAGAGAAUCCUUCUUUUCUAGCUGGUUACAGGAAUGCCCUAAGCGUUAUCUCUACAUGUUAACACUGUACUUUUCUAUAAUGCACUGCCUUACUUGCAAAAUAUGUAUUGCAUAUUACCUCCUAGUGCCUAAGUCCAUUACUGCCAGCUGGUUACUUAUGUCCUUUUACACACUGUCUUCAUGUGUCAGACAAACCUCUCAUUUCUAUGGAGUAAGAUUGUAACUUCAUUACCCAAACUCUUCAACCUUAUUCAGGCCUUAGUGGUCUUCCCCUUCAAGGAUCACUCAUCAUGGUCCUGUGCUUAUGUAUCUUAAGGAGAUGAGUCAAGUAUAUAUGCCCCUCUAUGGAACCAGCAAAAAUAAAAUAAAUGUACAAACUUGUAGAGAAGACGGCUUGAAUCUAUAACUUAGUAUUUUUACUUUGGUAACUCAGUCUAUUUCCAGUACAGCAUUUAUCUUUUUUAAAAGGGGCAAAAAAUCCAAAUGCCUUUUACUUAUUUUUCAGGAGUAGCUUUCUCCUUUGCAAAUGCAACCGUUGGGGUGGUUCCCUUCCUCCCCUAGCCCCCAAUACCUAGCCCUUCUUUUCUUUUAGUUUGCUCUUGCUUUUUGGUUUGGAGUAGGGAUCCUUUAUGGAAGGCACUCAGCCCACUCCUGGUUCUUAGGUAUGGAGAUGAAUGAAAAUCUUCAUAUGUGGCUAGUUCUGCUUUUUCCUGCUUCUUCACAGUCUUCCACCUUGACCUUAGAGAUAGCUGCUUUCGUGGUCAUGUUCCCCCUCAAUCCUCUGCUCACACACACUGUUUCCUAAUGAUUAAUGUCUGAUAGCAAGAACAUAGUCUCUUUGGAGAAAAGAUAGACUGUCUGUCACUUUUGCUAUCGGACUUAUGUUUUCAAUAGAUCUGCCAAUUAAGAUUAUGUUCAGAGGCAGAAUUAUUAAGGAGUGGAUGAAUACCAGCCUGAGAGUAUGUAUAUGUAUACUUGUAUGCUUUAGAAAACAUUAUGGUGUUCUUGAGAAAUAAAAAUAUGUCGUUUCAUGGGGUAUGCAGAUAUAUCAAACUAGAUGGAUUUGGGGAGUCACUUUUUAAAACAAAAAAUGCACAUACUGUUUUGCUUCAGUGAUAUAAAGGAUGAGAGUUCUCCUUUGAAAUAAAGUGGGGAGUCAGCUAAGAAGACUAUUGCACAUGUUUUUCAUGAUUUCAACAUCAGUGAAUGAGUUUUUAGCCAUUGACAUUAGUCCUUGAAAUAAAAUUAUCCUGCAGGUGGUCUAGAUAAUACCAGAUAUGACCAGAAGUGGUGAGAAUUUUAUCUUUCUUUGGGGCACUAAAUUUAAACAAAGAGGAGAGCCUUUUUUGACAUACCAUAAACUUGGUUUAAAGAACUUUAUUCCUUGAUGCUUCAUCCCUCUAGUCAUCACUUAGGCAAAAGUUUGAGAACUUUUUGAGAAAAACAUGGGUGUGCUGCACUACUAUAUUCUAGAGCUUGUUUUUUGUUUUGUAAUUGGCUUACGACUUUCUUUUUAGCAUUUAAUAUUGACUUAGUUUUUGAGUUCUUGAGUUAUUCCAUCAGUUAGAGAUAUAACCCUUAUCUCUUCUGUUAAUUUAUAUAUUGCAUGAGCAUGACUUAUUUUGUCAUUUUAUGCUUUUGAUGGCUAGUUCAUGUUGUGGCUAGUUCUGCCGUAUUUGUCCUCCUAUAUUUGUAAUUUCCUGAUUAAGGACCCACACCAGACCCAAUUGCUUUCAAGGAAAGCUUUUUCCUCAAUGCUCCAGAAAAGCCCACUGGAUUUUAGUUACUCAUCCAAGGAACUUUUCAUGGAUCUUUGCUAAUGUUAAGAAGCCAAGAACAUCUAGGAAUUCAAAAUACCCUUUAAUUAAGCCUUAUCUAAAAACCCAUUAAAAAAAAAAUAGAACUACAUCAUGGAUUUGAAGCUAAGUGUGAAGAGGUGGUUUGCCUGGUAAAAGAAUGUGCAUGCUGUUUCCCAUGUUAAAAUGAAAGAAAACUAUCUGGCAUUUUAUACUGGGCCACUAUGGGCUUUUGUCAAAAGCUUCUAUAGCAAAGUAAAAUUGAAGAAAAUACUGUACAAGGCAGAGUUUUAGAGUUAGUGCAGGACAAGUAGAGUGAUGCAAAGCCUGUCUAGUCUUUUCUCAUGAGAUCUAUGAUAUGGUAAAGAGAUAAAAAUUAACCCAAAGGAAACAGACUUUCAGGAAACUAAGAUAAAAUGGGUUGAAUUCUCCCAUUUUGUUUCUCCUCUGAAGUCAAUAGGAACUUGGGAGUUCAAGGAGGAGGAAUAUUGUGAACAAAUUCAGCCCUUUCUCCUGUCAUAGUUUUCUCUUAAGUAUACAUCUUGGAUUUCAGGCCUUCUGGCCCCAAGGAGGCUCUUACCAGAAGAGAUCAAAAUUGUCCAGCCUAAGAAUAAAAUCUUGGCAUCUUGUAAACUUUAGGAGUACAUACUCAACAUCUCUUGUAUAAAAAAGGUACAGUAUUAUAAAACUGGAGCAGUUCAUCUUUUUAUUUUGGGGGGGAGGGGGCUUUGUUUUUUUUUUUAAUUGAGAAAAUUUUUUUAGUUUGUGACAGAAAUGUAUCAAAUGUAAUCAAUCCUUUUAGACAUAACAGAUAUUUUUCUCCUUAUUUAUUUGGCAUUAUGGUCUUUGGUUACACUCUGUGGACCUUUCAGCCUAGUAAAUGUUACAUAUGGGACCUAGAAAUGCCAGUAUUAGAAGUCCACAAUACAAAAUCAUGUAAAACUUCCUAACAACACAGUACACAUUAAAAUUCAGAUUACCAAAGAAUGCAUUAUUCCCUUCCCCUUCUUGGAAGAUUCAAGUAUUUUCAUAACAAACAUACCAGACCACAUAUCUUCUAUUUCUCUCAGAAGUGUAGCUUUUCUAAGUCAUGUCAAGUAUAUCAAAACCAUAAAGCUAUUAAAUUGUUUGAUGUGCCAAACACGGCUUAGAGGGACCACCAUUCUUAGCUAUUUGGACUCAUUCUUUUUCACCAAAAGUAUUAAUCUUGGAAAUGUCAUUAUAGAAUCUUAGGUAUAAAGGAUUUUUAGAAGAGUGAAAUCUUUAGAUUGUGGAGAGAUGAAUAUCAUUUGUUUAAACACUUUUGUAAAAUUGUUAGUUAUAAAAACAAUGAAGACAGAGGAAGUUCAGAAGAAACAAGGAAAGUGUCCAAAGAAGGCUGGCUUGGAGACCAUAUCGGUAUCAAAGAAUUCAUGUUAUUAACAAAUAUUUUGUAAGAAUAAGUUAAAAUUCCAAGGAAAACCCUAAAUUUAGUAGAAUCUAAAGAAUAUUUCAUGGAGAAACUGAUCCUAAAUUCUAAAGUAUUUUUUUUAUCAUAGUUAUUUUCAUUUCCCCAGUUGAGUAAAAUGAAUUGGCCUGUAAUUCCAUGGCUCCCCCCUCCAUACAUAAAAAAAGUUCAAGCUAAGCUUGUGGCUCAUAAUUUAAAAUGUUAAUUAUAGGGUGGAACAAGGGGCCUAUGUGGCAAAAAAAAAAGUUUUAUUCACAUACAAAUAUCAGAAACCUUUCCAUUUCUCAACAUUUACAACAGAAACUAUUCACCAGAGAAUUGAAGCCAUUGUAUUAAUAAAGUUAGCCAGUGUCUGUCUACAUGAGUAACUCAUCCCCAAAUAGCACAUAACACAUUUUGAAUUUGGAAAGCCUUUGGUAGCUUCUGAAAAGGCAACAUUUUCAAUGGACUAGCAGAGUAAUUGCGUUUCUUCAUAAAAGAGCAAAAAGUACCAUCAGAUUUUUAAAUGACAUUAUUUCCUCUCAGUCUACUUUGAAUUCUUAAAGUUAUUAUUCAUCUUUUCAAAGGGGUUAUCAUUUUAUUCCCUUUCAUUGAAUUUCAGGGAGAAAAAAAAUUAAUGGAAUUGCAUUAACACAGUAAUAUUUCCUUCUUGGGUCUUCUGUUCUUCAGAACUGUGAACCUCGAUGGCAUAUAUUUAGAAUUUUGUGCGUGUAUGUUAUUUUGAUUAGUCCAUGAUUUCCUUAUUGUAGAUACAAUCCAGUCUGCACCUUCUAGUCCUCUUGAUUUUCAUCCAUUUUUCCCUUAAAUUUAGCCAACAUGUCUUCUAUGUUGUUACAAAUCAUCACUGGUAACCUGCAGCAGCUUAAUUAUGGACACCAUUAAUUAAUGAUAAUUAAGUUGUUAUCUUAAUUCUUUGGUGAUCACAGUAUUCUCUGAUUAACUAUAGAGGUUUUGAAGAGAACUUGGGGGUAUUAAAGGAGAAAAUUCUUGUUUUGUUUCCUAUAGACUGACACCAAGAUAGGAGAUUAUUCAUUUUGUGCUAACGUAUUCUCCAACAUGUCACUUUAGGAAAAAAAUUCUGGCAAACUUUAACACUAUCCCAUGCUCUGAUCCUGAUUUCGUUUCAUUUUUAUUUGUUACUUGUUUUUCAAGAUCGCUAUGCAAGUAUUAUUCACUAAUAAAAGAAGCAACUUCUUAAGCUAAUUUUGAUAAUAAUGUAGCACUUUUACCAUUCAUCUUGAUUAGAGAGAGUUAUACAUCUCAAAUUCAAUAUUUUCAUAUUCCUUGCUGUUUAAGGUAGCUGCAUUUGUACAUGAAGGCACAUCACCCUGAAGAAAUAUAAGUGAAUAGAUCAUUCAACAAAGUAACACAUAAAAUAAUUUUCUAUGGCAUUGCACUCCCAUAUGACAAAUCCCUCAAACAUAAUGGACAAUAAGCAAUUUUUACAUUGUAGUGUUCCAAUUGGAAUAUAUAGAAUUAGGAAGAAAUAUGAAAUAGUUCAUUUUCUAAUCUAUGAUCCAUGAACAUUACACUUAGGAAUUUGUCUCUGACAGAUAUUGGUUUUGUAACUAUAUUUAUUUUCUCUCUGCUCCCAAGAAACUAGCCAAGGUUUUUUAAAUUGUGGAACUGCUAUUAAUAUGUUUUGGGAGAAGAAAAUUCUUCUUAGGAGCAAGCACAUGGAUAAAAUCACAGAUUCUAAAUUGGAGUGGAUCUGUGAUUCGUAGAUAUGUGCUAUAUAGGUAGGUAGAUAGACGCAAAUAUGGUAUAUAACAUAUAUUAUGUAUGGUAGUUGUGUGUCUUGAUUCCUUUUUUCCCAAAAUGACACUUGAGAUAACGUUACAAAUAGAUUUUUGAGAAGAGAUAUGUUUUUUAAUUUGACUUUAGAACAAAGAAAUUACUCAGGAGUGACACAAAAACUCAUUGUGAUAGAUAUCCUCCAAAGUUAGUACGUUUUUCCCAGCAAGAUCACCGUAAGCAGAAAAGCAAUUGUAUUGCCUUCCAGGAUUUCCAGCCAUUGCUUAUGUUCACAGUUCUGAACAGGACCCAAUCAAAAGGCUUUUUUUUGUUUAAUUUCCUUCACAGGAAUAAAAAGAUAAUGCCUUUUUAAUAUUCCUUGCACAUAUACUUUCUUUCAAGUGUUUAUGAUAUUAUAUGGAUGACAGACUUGUUUCAAAAUCCACCUUACUGUACUGAAUUUCCAGUUCCAAAUCCAAAAUAAAAGACCAAGGGAAGAGCCUUAAAUUGUUCUAAGGAGGAUAGAAAGAGGUCUAAGUCAGUUGUGAGAAUCCAAACAUGGCUUCCACCAUUCCGGAGCUUAUAGCUUAUUAAGAUGUAUUUAUUGGCCAUCUCAGUGGAGACGUCAUUGCCAGAAUCUGACUGGAAAUGAGACUGACCUCCCUCCUGUUCAUCUAUUUGAAACAAAGUCCAGCCUCAGCAAGAUAUCAUGGACUUUGUUUCUGCCUAGAAAACAACUAUUGAAUAGUGGUUAGGAAAGAAAAGCUAUUGGACAGUGUUUAAGAAAGAAAAUCCUCCUUAAAGUCCAAAGAAUAUCUCCACAAAACUUAUACAAAGAAUAUUAUGAAGAGGUACAGUUACUGCAAUUUUGCCCAGGAUUUGUUAGUCUGGGAACAGCAUGUUUACAGACUAAGCUUCCCACUCUCUACUCCCCCAAGAGAAAAUAACUAUAAGAAAGCUAGAUUCUUUUUCAGCAUUCUGUAUUUAAAUGACUCUUACUUAACUGUAAAAAAAAAAAAAAAUGGACCCAGGAAAGUUAUUCAUAAAUUAUCCUUGUUUCUCCUUGCCCCUUAACUAGCCAUGACAUAACAAGUGAAUUUUACUUUAGUUCUCUAUCUCAGUCCAGCAAUUAAAUAUCUGUAAAUGAAUACUUAACUACCCUAGCAUAUUCCUCUGUACCAGAACUUUGUGGUGAAUUACCAGGGAAGGAGUCACAUUGUUGGAUAAAUGGAUUUUCCUAAAAGAGCCCACCAUCAUUUCAUUUCUAAACUGUUGUUUUUCUAUAGCAUCAAUCUAUGUAUGUUCUGAAUAUCUUCUUUAUGCCCUUAUUUGAAAGCCCUAAUCCUUUAGAAAUAUUUACUGUGUUACCAGAAUCAUCAAUAUUUCAGUGAUCCCAAAGCACUUUGAAUUUGACUUGGCAUUUCAAAAUAGUAAUCAUAAUGUGGCAAUGAUCACAUUGCUCUUACUCCUGAAUCCAUCCCAGAUCUUACUUCUACUCUUGAACCUGUGUUUAUCAUGAUGGAUACCUAUAUAAAUAUAUAUAGUCUUUUAGUUUGUAUUCGUGAGUUUUGCUGUGAUGAAUAACAAGUGUCCUAGUGAAUCCAUAGAACUUAAAUACCAACUGCCCACUUGUGGGGAAUAUUUUCUAAAAGCCGUUCAGCAUUCAGAAAGGUAGUUCUACCAUCAGUCUUCAUUGCUAUUUAUUUCUGGAUUAUAUCAUGUGACAAUACAGCUAGAGACAGAAAAUCUUAAAGCUUCCUGUUUUAUACUUCAUGUGUGUUUAAUGUUAAUUACUAUUAUCCAAGAGCUACCUAAUCUAGCUGGAAAAACUUAGAACUAAGUGCUUGAAUAAGCUGCCUGCCUUUGCAUUAAAUAAGUUAAAUGGGCUUGGUUGCUAUUUUACACCUGAGUUUCCUUUAUCAGAUAGGCAAAGGAAUUAACAGAAAAACACUUAAAAUGUUUUUUGCUGUCAACUUUACAUAUAGCAUAAUGUUAACAAAAAAAGUAAAAAAAAAAAAAAAAACUCAUUAGAAAACCAUCCCAGUAAUUUGGGAGCUGCCCUAGAUUGCCAUCUGAGAAAAACCCAAUCAGGGCAGAUGCUUAAAUUGGUGCCUUAGUUUGCCUGGAUUUGUGGGGAAAGCCUUCAGAAUCAUAAAGUGCCCUUGUAUGUGUUAAUGGAAACAGAUAAUACUGUUGACAGAAAGAGCCCUGAGUCAGGCUACUACAGAGUUUCUCUAUGUGAUGGAUGUUGUAUCUUUGGGUUUCUUGAAUGUUUCAGACAACAAAAGGUCUAAGUUUCAAGGUCUCAGAGAACUUGGAUUUGUACAGAGGUAGUUUUCUUUGGUUAUUAGGAAGAAAGGGAUUGCAAGUGGAAUGAUGUUAAAUCAGAAUUUGGCAACUAGUAAUAUUCAACAUUUCAGUAACUUGAGAGAGUUCUAACAUUUCAUUUUUGAUCUAAAGGUUUGAAAAGCAUGCUUUUUUUUAGUGUAGAGAUACAGUAUGUAAUAAGAGAAGCACAAUAUUGGUACUCAUGAGAGUACCAGCACUAGAGAUUUUUAUAGGAUAUUUGUUCUGAGAUGUGUAGAAAUACAUUUAUACUGUAAAAUAUAUUUGGGGUUUGGGUUGUUUUGUUUUUACAAUUCCACAAAGCAUAAUCAAAACUAUUUUUUUCAGGGUUACAAUACGUAGGUCACACACAGUAAGCUUAUUUUUUUCAGUGUAUUCUGAUCAUAGAUAAUAUUGUAAAUGUUGAAAAAAAUUCUGGGAUUAUACACUUGAAUUAUUGGUUUCUGUGUUUGAAAUUGAGGUUAUUCUGGUGAUGUCUAGGGCAGGGGUCCUGUGUGCCAGAAGAGACUUCUCUAAUCCCCUGCCUGACCCGCUGCUUGGCCGAUGCCUACCAUACUGCCAAUCUGGCAAUCUUGUAUCUCUUUCUCCAUCUGUUCCUGCCACUAAUCCAGGCAUCUGUCAUGCCUCUUUCCUUCACUUUCCACCAUUGUCUUGGGCUGCCCACUGAGUUGGCUCUUCCUUAUUUACUUCGGCUCCUGCUCAGGUAGCAAGGGCCCAGUUAAGAGGUGCUUUUGAUGCCAUUCUUUUUUGUGGACAUGCCUGUGUAUCCCCUGCUCCCAUCCUCAGAACCCCCUCUGAUCUUGCACUGCAACCAGAGGAGAUAUCCAAGCUUGGUCCAGAUUAUCUGAAUCUAAGGUUGAUAACAUACUCUAAUGACUUUCCCACAUCCUGCACCUGAAAUCAAAUUAUUUCAUUGAAAUGUCCAGUUUGACUACAAGAUAAAGAAUUCCUUAAGGGUGGGUGCAAACCAUACAUUCCAGGCUGCUUUUUCUACCAAUUCACCUUUCACCAUAUUUCUUCAUACUUGAAAUUCAUUCUGCUAUUUUAAUAUCAGGGUACAAACAUGUUAAAGGUGCGUGUAUUACUGUUCCUUCAAAAGGUGCAUAUUUUUUUUUCAUUCAGUGUGCUUAAUAAUUGCUUUUAAAUGGCUCUAUUUUUGGUGCUUUUGGUUUAGCUGUUUUAGAAAAAGGUGCAUGAAAUCGCCUUGCCUGGAACAUAACUUUACUCUAGAUUUAGCUAUUUUGUCAUUUUCUUAUGCUGACUUAUCCCUUCUCUGGUCUUGGAUACAGAGAUGUGGAAAGGGAGCCUUAGCAGGAAACUCUUAUGUGUCAGGACCACCUGGGUGCCUUCCUUUACUCAGCCUAUUGCAGGAGGUAAUUCUCUUCCAUACUGGGUAUAAGUGCAGCUUUGCUUUGGGGGAACCAUUCCCUUUGUGCAUAACUGAGCUGUGUAACCCUUCAAGAUUGUGUGGCCCAGGCCACAGAUAAAAAGGGGUGGAGUAGGGAGGAGUUACUACCAUAGCACAGCUGAGACAUUCCCUUUUCUGGGAUCUUUACCUUGGACAGCUCCUAGGAGGGGAAGUACUUCUCUUUUUGAAAAGAACAUUCCUUGCUUUCAGCUGCCCAAGUGGAAAGCUCUGACAUUUUUCUCCCUCUAGGCAUUUGGAGAUAUAGGUCAGCUUAUCUAUAGUCUUCCUGGCCUGGAAGGAACGAGAAGAGCUGGCAUUUAUUAUUCAAUGGAAUAUAAUACCCAAAAAUUACAAAAAGCAAACUGCAGUAUAUAAAACUCAGAACACCCUCAUAUAAUCAAAAUCAACCUAAGUUUCGGUUCCUUUACCCUGGUUUGAAUAAAGGUCCAUGAUCUAAUAUACCCUUUCUAGCAUGCGCCUUACUAUAAGGGAUUUGUUGUUUCAUUUCUCUAAAAACAGUUUAUGGAGAGGGGAGAGAAUGGAUUAUAGGAGCAGCCACAUGUUAUCGAUCACAGAUGUUGAAAGGGCAGAAAAAAUUACAAAGGGUCAUGGAUAUGGGAUUAGAUAAAACUUAUUUUAUCUGAAAAGUAAGUAGUCCUUUAGAACUGGAUGUCUUACUGCUGGCAGUGCUAGAAAGCCAAGUUAUGUAUUUAUUGUCAAAUGAUGAGGUUCAUUGUUUUAAAAAAAAUCAAUAUUGGAAUGUCAUUGUCAGAUUAAUGUUUUCAGUUAUGUACAAGGUAAUUUGAAAUAAAAAAGAGAAGUAGUUUGUAUAUUUAUCAUCCCAUACAUACAGUUUCUUUCAAUAAAAGUACUGAUAGCAAAUAAAAAAUAACAAAAACAGCAAUAUUUUUAAACUGUUUUCUCAAAGAUUUGCUGUCUUAACUAUAUUUUUCUUUUAUCUUGAUGUAAGAUGAAUACAGUCACAGUAAGUACUGAAUAAAUACAAAUUUUGGCAAAA